GGGGCAUGCUCUCAGGGCGGGCUUUGGGGCACAAUUAUUUCUCAUCUUGACUCUUGCCACCUGCCAGCCCACCGGUUAGAGAGGUAAAGGCAGGUCUGAGUCACUGUGAGGGGGAGGGCAGGAGUUAAACAAGUGCUGGCCAGGGGCAUCCCCUCAGAAGGCCGGCCGGACAGAAAGCGGGCAGACAGAAGACCCAUGUGGGACCCAAGGACACAGCCGCCCUGCUGAGAGCACGGCGGCCCCUCCUUGGAAACCGUGACCUCGCGGCGACGACGACGGUGGCCCUCAGCCCUCCAGGUCCGGCUGGGGCGGGGCGCGCCCAUCUCCAAGUCCCCAGCCAUGACGACCUCCGCGCUGCGGCGCCAGGUGAAGAACAUCGUGCACAACUACUCGGAAGCGGAGAUCAAGGUGCGCGAGGCCACCAGCAAUGACCCCUGGGGCCCGCCCAGCUCGCUCAUGUCCGAGAUCGCGGACCUGACCUUCAACACGGUGGCCUUCGCUGAGGUCAUGGGCAUGCUGUGGCGGAGGCUCAACGACAGCGGCAAGAACUGGAGGCACGUGUACAAGGCGCUGACGCUGCUGGACUACCUGCUCAAGACGGGCUCGGAGCGGGUGGCCCACCAGUGCCGAGAGAACCUCUUCACCAUCCAGACGCUGAAGGACUUCCAGUACAUCGACCGCGACGGCAAAGACCAGGGCGUCAACGUGCGCGAGAAGGUCAAGCAGGUGAUGGCCCUGCUCAAGGACGAGGAGCGCCUCCGGCAGGAGCGGACCCACGCCCUCAAGACCAAGGAGCGCAUGGCGCUGGAGGGCAUGGCCAUGGGCAGUGGGCAGCUGGGCUUCAGCCGCCGCCAGGGUGAGGACUACGGCUGCUCGAGGGGCUCUCCGUCCUCCUACAACUCUUCCUCCUCAUCUCCCCGCUACACCUCAGACCUGGAGCAGGCCCGGCCCCAGACGUCGGGAGAAGAGGAGCUGCAGCUGCAGUUGGCCCUGGCCAUGAGCCGUGAGGAGGCUGAGAAGCCAGUCCCCCCAACCUCCCUCAGGGAUGAGGACCUGCAGCUGCAGCUGGCUCUCCGCCUGAGCCGGCAGGAGCACCAGAAGGAGGUGAGGUCCUGGCGGGGAGAUGACUCCCCCAUGGCCAAUGGUGCUGGGGGGGAAAGAGAGCCUGAGAGAGAAGAGAGGAAGGAGGAGGAGAAGCUGAAAACCAGCCAGUCCUCCAUCCUGGACUUGGCGGACAUCUUCGCACCUACCCCUGCCCCGCCCUCCACACACUGCUCCGCCGACCCAUGGGACAUCCCAGGUCUCAGGUCCAACUCGGAGCCCAGCGGCUCCUCCUGGGGGCCUUCCGCAGACCCCUGGUCUCCAGUCCCCUCGGGAAGCAUCCUGUCGCGAAGCCAGCCGUGGGACCUGCCCCCUACGCUUUCCUCCUCUGAACCCUGGGGCCGGACCCCAGUGCUGCCUGCUGGAGCCCCCGCUACAGACCCCUGGGCACAGAAUUCCUCCCCCAGCAAACUCCCCAACGCUGGGGCUGACCCCUGGGGGGCCUUGGUGGAAACGUCCAACACCCCUGCUCUAGGUGGCACCUCGACCUUUGACCCAUUUGCCAAACCUCCAGGAUCCACAGAGACCAAGGCGGGGCUGGAGGGUGCCCAGGCCCUGCCCUCGGGGAAGCCCAGCAGCCCUGUGGAGCUGGACCUGUUCGGAGACCCCAUCCCCAGUUCCAAGCAAAAUGGUACCAAGGAGCCAGAUGCCUUUGACCUGGGGAGAGUGGGGGAAGCCCUAACCCAGCCCAGCAAGGAGGCCCGCGCUCGCACACCCGAGUCCUUCCUGGGCCCCUCGGCCUCCUCCUUGGUCAACCUUGACUCCUUAGUCAAGACACCCCAGGCUGCAAAGACCCGGAACCCCUUCCUGACAGGUAGACACCCCUGCCCCCUGCAAGGUUUCCCCUGCCCCCCUCCC